AUGUCUGCAAUUGCGUACCGUAUUUCUGUUGUUCUCUACCAUGGUGGGUUAAGCUAUCAGGCUAGUCUUCGUCUCUUUCACCUUGGUAUAUGCAUGCAUCCUGAAAGUGCUAUUGGUUUGCAGAAGAGAAUGGGAAAGGACCAUGACGCAAAAGUACUUACGUGGAAAAAGGAUUUGGAGACUGACAUUCUUCCUCUGAAAUUAAUGGAAGAAAUACGAGAGCGUCAAAUACCCUGUUUUCAAGCUGAUGAUAUGGUCAUCGAGAGAUCAGUUGAUUUGAGCGAAACUAGUGUUAACAACAAAACAUGUCCACGGUAUUUUGACGCAGAAGCGCUCAAACUCAUAACAAAUGUUUUAAACGCAGCCGAGUGCAAAUCUCAGACGCGAUUAAUUGGGGAACACUAUAGUGAAGAGGUAUUUGAAGAUGCUUUCAGUGAGAUAGCACGGACGAAAACGUCUCGGUACAAGUAAGUAUUUUAUUAUGUCACUAUAUAAAGCCCCAUUUACACUACGCUCAAUUUUGGGACCACUUUUUGGUUCUUGAACCAAAGAACCAAAAAAGUGGUAUACGGGUACCAAUUUUAUCCGUGCCGUACCAACAAUUGAGCGUAGUGUAAACGGGGUUUAAUUUUUUUGGCUGAAUAUAAUAUAUUAUUGAAUAUAAUCAUGUAUAUGUAGCCUCUGUAGCAAGCGUUUAUGUGAUCUCGUUUGCUACAAAUAGUUUAUGUAAAACAUAUAAGCAGCGUCACUAUAGAAACAUCAUAAGUCCUCUGGCCCUGGUUAAUGUCCAUCUUUUAGAUGGUAAUUUCUCCCAUUUUUUUAGAUUUUUCUUUCUUUUACAUACGCACCAUCUAUCUGAGAAUGGUUUGGAAGUCUAGAGGAGGUGACUGAUGACCUCAACAAAUAAAUUUAACAUAAAAGGUGAUGACAGUGAAUUUCAAAAUGGCUGCUAGAGUAUGUUACUAUUUAAAAUUUAAUUAAACUUUAUUAGGAUUGUUGGUGACAAUGUUGAUCUAGAAAUACGUGCACGAGUUCAAACUAAAGAUCACAUUAAUAAAAGUAUCCACUGGACCCAUCAGUAUGCCAUUCGAGAUAGGGUGAAGAGUGGCAUUCAAGAACAGAAGAAGCUAACAAAAACAUUUAAAAAUGUUCCAAUGUUGGAGUUAUUACCAAGUACUAAAGUACAAGGGAACAUAAAAAGUCAAUUUGCAGUUCUUGUUACUCGGGUCAUUGUAAAGUACCUCAAAUGCUUCAAACAUUUGUCUAAAGUGGUCGUUUAUCACAUACCUCACAAGUACAGGCAUGAAAUGACUCUAAAGUCUGACCUGGUAAGAUCUUAUUUGUACACUUUAGUAUAUUCAAGUUAUCGCUUUGAAGCAUUUGUAACUUGUAAAACUGGGCUUUUUCUUAAUAUGUGAGCAACUGAAAUAGGCAUAAUCAAUAACCCUUAAGCUGCCGAGAGCUUUCCCAUCGACGAGUACAAUUGUCUGGCAUUAGACAUUAUUAAAAAAAUAAGUAGGGUGCCCUGGGGCACAUUGUGGCUCAAUGGGUUAACUAGAGACAUUGUCAGAUUUUUUGGUUAACUCAUUAAGCUGCAGAGCUUCCCCAUUGACCAGUAAAAUUGUUUGGCGUUAGACAAGUAAAAAAAUAAGUAUUGCGCAUUAUGGCUCAAUGGGUUAAUUAUGGGUUUAUUAUGGUUAUACAUUGUGGUUUUGCACUUUUGGUGUACAGAGGCUACUGCACCAGACUGCUUUAAAUUGUGCUUAAUUUAAUUAUUAUUUACAAUCAAAUACGUUUUGAAAAUAAUUGUGAAACAAAUGAUAGUGAAAUUACUUUAAAUUUAUUAAAUGUAUGAAAGUAAUAUCGAUAUCAUUUAUGUUUCAAAUUUAUUUAUUUAUUUUUUUAUUAAUUUGUUGUUUACAAAUUUUUGCAAUCAGCAAAUUUACAGUUAACUUUUAAUUAUUUAACUGGCAAUAUGAUCUUCACUUGACACUAUAUAAUCAACACUAAAAUCCUCUUGGUGUUAGAUAAAAUACUAAUGGUAAGAUUUAUCUGAAUUUAUAAGUAUAUAUAGAUAUGUGUUUAUUUUUUCUUUAUAGUGCCCACUUUCUUUGGAAACAAAGAAUCCCAAUGUAGCUGGGGAAAUGGCACAACUGCUGAUCAACAACCAGGCAAAGUAUGUUCCUCAUCACAAAGGUGAAGUCCUCGUGCCUAUACCUCUACAUGGUGACCAACUUUUCGAGGAGAGAGCGCGUAAUGUUCAGUGGACGUUCAGAAUUGGUGAAACAUCAAUGGAUCGUCUUGAAGGGAUGCCAACAGAGUAUGCUGAUUGGCAUGCUAAAGUUAAUUUGUAUCAGAUAGGUGAAUAAUAUUAUACAUUUUAUUCAAUGUAUAGCCUAUUUAUUAACUGGUCUGGUGUUAUUUUAUUUUUUCUCUAAUAUUUAGGUGCCUAUAUGGGAAAUGUUCCAAUUCCCUUUCUAAGGCACCUAGCUAUUAUAUAGAGCUGACCAAUAGGGAUGCAUAUAAGCCCGUGCACCUAUAGAAAAUGUUCCAAUUGCCUAUAAAAACCUAUAUGUUUCCUAUAUGAACCUAUAGGUUGGCCUAUAGACUUUUUGUAAGGGAUUAACUACAUUUUAAAUUUUUGAUGGUACUAUAUUCUUAUUAGUAAUUCAAUAUGAAUAAAUAACAGAGGUGUAUGCUAAUUACUUAUACACUUGCCUGGGGCAUGAUCAUUAAGUUUAUGUUUUCAUUGUCGGAUAAAUUUUUUAUAGUGCAUGUACUUGGUUCAAACUUUGUUUUUUGGUGGGCCAAAGCUAGAUCUGAGGCAGUAUAACAUAGCCAUAUAGAGCAGUGGGAGAACAGGUCGGCAUGAACAUUGUUCCCUUAAUAUAUACCCCCUAGCUAUCUUAUUCUAGGUAUCCCAUUAUGGCCAUUGUGAUAGCCAGUGAAUUUUGUUCAGGUCAAAUAAUUUUCAUGUCCAAUUUGCCCUAAUAUUCAAGUUCAACUUGCCUUAAAUUAUUGUCAAAAAAGUAAAGUUACACCACUGAAUAAGUUGAUUCUAAUAUGGUACAUGCUUAAUUUAAAUCAUAUUUAGACCCUGUUCAUAUGAGCUUCACCCAUCUUAUUUCAGGCCGGCGAACGGCGAAUUUCGCCAGCGCUAAGAAGACAUUUGACAGCCAUUCGCCAGAGGCUGUGUGUAAUUCGCCGGUACUUGCAGUCAUGACAAGCUGAAAUUUUUAGCCUAGUCUUGCACUCGGACAAUAAACCAAAUAGACAAAGCUUGCAAGCCUUAAUUAAUUUGCCCACCACUCAACUCACAGCGCUCUUGAAGCUUCGACCUUCCAUUCUUCGCAUACUCGCUUCACUCAUCAAUUAAUAGCCGGAACCUCAGUAGAGCAAACUAGUAAUGAUUUAAUUAGAGGACUUCAAACGGAUACCUGAAGGGCUGAGCUAAUGUGCUGGCAAAUACCAGGUCAAAAACAUGAUUGUAAAAAAAUCCAGUCCUGUAAAGAUGGCAAGCCAGGCUCAUAUGAACAGGCUCUUACAUAAAAUAUUACUUAGUUUGAUUGAUUGACUGCCCAAGCAUGUGUGUCUGGCAAAUAUGCCUAGUUGCACCCUUAACUGUACAUUAAUUGUUAUUUCAUUCUGUUUAUACCACAUUUUAUUUUUUCUAACAUUUUUCUUUCUAUAUUAAAUUUAUAUAUAGAAUUUGACAGGUUUGUCAAACCGCAGUCUGCAUCAGAAGUUGGAACCAGCUAUGCUAGUAUAAACAGAACGGGCAAGACAAAUGCUGCAAAAGGAGUUGAGAAAUCAUAUAAUGAAUAUAAGGAAUUCCAUCAAUGUGAGAUUGAGGCACAUAUUUGCUCUGCCAUGAUGGAUAUGUUGGGAAUGCAUUCAAUCGAUGGUAAGUACCAGUAUAUUUACACAAGAUGUACCAUUUACAAUUAUAUAUUGAAGGUUAUAUAAUGGAGAUUUCUACUCCGAGGUGGAAAAGAUCAAACUAUGUCCUCUUAGCCAUUUUACACGCUUAUAAGGUUUAGAGUCUUACAGUAGUUUAGAGUCUUAAAGGUUUGCAAAUAUAUAUUAAAUUGUGUAAAUAGAUUGUCCACCAGGAUGUGACAUACCUGAUGAUAAGGUUCCCAAGGAAAUAAGAAGAAAGUGGUUGAUGAACCUGGCUUUGGAAAUGGUUGAAAAGUAUCUUUUUGAGUCAACAAAGAUAUCAGAUGCUGCCAAGGAAGUAGCAGAAAUUCAAAUGGCAAUGAGCACAAAGUGGAAAUGCAGAAGUGCAGAAUGUAACAAAGAAUUCACCUACCAUUCUGGCCGAGUAAAGUAAGUAACUUAUCACUGUUAACUAUAUAUCAGAAUUAAAAUGAAUCACUUAAAGAUGCUGUAAAGUCCAUUCUGCACACCAUGUAAUUCGAUCCCGAUCUGGUCAUUAAUUAAAUAGAGGGAGCCCAAAUUUUGCAUCUUUCAAACUUUUUUGAAUUGAAACAUUCUCUAGUUUAUAUUCGUUCACAAGCAUUAAGCGAACCAGAGUGUUAGAUAUUCAAUUAGUAUGUCAAUAUCUUACAAAUAGUUAGCAGUUCAAAAUGUAAACAAAGCAUUUGUUUACAUAUAUUACAGACUUAAUACAGCAUCUAUAAUUAAAGUAUAAAAUUGAAAACUGCACAAAAUUAAGACUGUAUAAAGUGUAAUAUAAUUUUAAAAAAGAGAAAUCUAUUGUAGGUGAGCUUCAUGCACAAUUCGGCCAAAUUGCAAUGACAACCCGAGUAAUAGCUUGAAUCAUGAAUAUAGUUAACUUUAAUUACUACAAGUCAUUAUAAAUUGACAUAUUUCAAGAGGUGAUCAUAUUAUUAUUAAUCAUGCAUUUAGUCUAGAUGUAUAUACAUGUACAUAUAAAAGCCGUUAUACCAUGAUUUUAGAUAAUUUUACUGAUUAAUUUAUAGACACGAGAUAUCUGUCCAUCAUGAAAAUUAUUGCAAGACCAGCAUUGGUGACAGGGAUAAAUUUGGAUAUUUUUUAUGUGGAGCUAAAUGUGGAUACGUGUUUAGCACAAAAGCUAUAAGGAAUAGGUAAGUUACUCCUCAGGGAUGGAUCCAGCAUGAUCUGGUGGGGGUGCUCUGCCAGCUCUAGUGCCGAGUCGGGUCAUGUGUGCCACCCGCCCAUCAACUUGCUUCACUACUGCAAAGUCUUGCUUUACUAUGGUAUUUGAAUUCUAAUUGUUCACAGUUCGCUUAUCAUCAUGUUAUUACUCAAAUUACUGUAUCUCAUUUUGUCUCUAAUAAUUUUUUGCUUUAUCAUGAAAAAUAGCAGCCCCCCCUGCACCCCCUCUGGCCAAGGCUAGGGGUGUGUGCAUCCCCCCCCCCAGAAAAUCCAUCCCUGUUCCUCCUUGAACUAACAUAUGUCAUGCUAUUUGAUACAACCCAUUGGUUUUACAUUAUAAUAUUAUAGGCAUGAAAGAUGCAUCCACACUGAGUUCUAUCGUGAAAGUGAAAAUGAAAACAGCCAGCCUGAAAAAUCUAUUUGUCGACAAGAUUUCUUAUACAACUACCACAAGGCCAAACUUACAUUUGGCCUUAUCCUAUUCAAUUUCAAUGAUGCUGUCAAGGAGGGAGACGGCCAACGAUUAUUUGACCUAUACAAGCUUGCUCUGUUGCUUUAUAAAAGUUCUGGUCACUACAAGUAUGCAUAUACCGUUUUACUGCAUCUCAUCAAAAUUUCUGCUCUUGAUUCAGAAGACCAAGCUGAUGAAAUAAAAUGGAAUCGCUUCUUCAACAAGAAUGGUGGACCUGGUAGAAAUAUCUCCCUUGAUUUAAAAAAAGAGCAGCAGAACAAGGUUCUUAAGACAUUUUGGCGAUCACUGGGUGCAAAUUUAAACGAGUCAUCAGCAUCACGUAUUGCAGGAGCAUUACAAUCAUUUGAGACAGUUUUGGAGUCAAUAGAUGAAGACUGUGAUAUAGCUUCAAGAAGUAGCCACCGCACAGUCAAAGGAGCUGAAGCAUGUGUUAGGCAGAUUGCUGGUGAUUUGUCUGACAAGCAAGUCUUCAGUAAAACAAUAGGAAGGGAAGGCUAUCCAUCCUUUCCAAGUAUCAGUGGUGACCUCAUCGAAGGAUUGGAUUACCUUGAUUUAUAUAAAUGGAUGAAUGAGAAAAUUAAAGAAUGGGAUUCCAUAUAUACUGGAUAA